AUGGAUGGGGUGGUGGGGUUGGAGAGAAGGGUCCUUGAGGUCGUCAAGGCGUCGGAAGAGAGGGGGGAUCCGCCGCUAGUUUGGGCGUUGGAGGUGGGAAGAUGCGUGCAGGAGAGGGGCCUCGAGCUCCCGAGCCUAGAGCUUGGGGACGUCAUAGUUGGAAGUCUCUGUUUCGCCAACAACACCCCUUCUCUGUGGAAGUUCCUGGAUCAGGCCAUCGCCUCCGGUCUUCUCUCCCCUCUUCACACCCUUGCGCUCCUCACGUCAAGGUACUGGCUCUUAGCCACGUAAUUCUCGUGCUUCUGGCUGGUGUUACAUCUUCGACGACUCUUCAUUUCACUUUCUUUUUUCAUUUUAAGACUGUUAAAUAUAUAACAAUGAGAUGGCCCGUGUGCGGCAGUUUGUGAUAUGCAGACGAAGAUACAUGGAAACAAUAUGAUCCGUUUCCUGUCUAGCGUCUACUUUUUAUCCCCUGAUAGUUGCCGUUUACAUAAAUAGGAAAAUUUGAAAGAUUAUAGGCAUCAAUUUGUUAUGUCAGUGCUGUCAUACGUUAAAGUUUAAGCUGAUUCUUUAGGUGAUAGAACACCGACAUUUCAGAUAGAUUUUGUCACACUGCCUGAUUAUAUGUGAAAGCCAAAAAAAAGUAUGGUUCAUGAUCACCAGGUUUGUUGAGUGAUUCAAUUUAUUCUGGUUGAUGUUGUUAAAUUUUGUCCCAUGAUAAAUGUACCAGUGCCAUUUUUUUUCAAGUACUUAUAACUAUUCUCUAGAUUGCGUUGCUUGAAUUUUCCAUUUGAAUGCUGUCUGCAGUUUGACUGUGUGCUUGGUUCUAACUCUAAUAUUUUCUUAUAUUAUCCAGGGUGAUUCCAAACCGUCAGAAUCAACCAGAGGCCUAUAGACUCUACCUUGAACUUAUUAGCCAAUAUGGUGUUUCAUUUUCUGCAAGAGAGUUUACCACCCAGAGAGAAAAGUAAGCACGCUUCUUUUUUCAGUAAAAGAAGCUAAGCGGCAUUGACAUCUGGCUGAAUUUUUGUACAUAAACCAUACAUAUCAUCUGAGAAAGAUAACCGUGUUAUAUGUGUUGCCUAUAUGGCAGUCCUUCGUCCUCCAUUGCGUUAAUUUUUUUUGAUCCUUUAAUGGCGAAAAUUAAUGUUGAAAAUUGAAAUAUUCAAUUUGUAACACUGAAGUUGUUUCUUUAAUGACCAAAACAAACUAACAUUACAUAGAGAAACAUAUAGUCCUUGGCGUUUAUCGGAUCAUUUUUUGUUUUAAUUGUCUAUGACACAUUAUCAAUUAUAGUAGUAUAUCAUACAUUGCAAUCGUUUCUGUGAAAAUUAGAUAUGCAAGCAUUUACCAUAUUUUUUAUUGUUUAUUUUUUUCGAGAAUGUCAUCAAGAUCCUAGAGUAGCUGGUCCAUAAUAGUGUAGAGUUAAUGAGCAGUUUGAUCCACUGUCCUGGAGAGAUCACACUCAUAGAGAGCAGAUAUUCCAGGAAACGGAAGAAAUGGGGACUAGCUAUGAGUUUAAUGCUUUGAUAUUCGAAACUGUCCAAAAACUGUAAACUGUGUUCAUUUUUAAGUUUUUCAUAUUUAAUCCAGAAAUUUUCUGAAGUUAAGUCUUCCUAUCAGUACAUUUUAUUUUUUGAUUUUUCUGACGUACAUUUACAUUCUUACUAACCGAGUAUACAAAAAGAUGUUAGUUCCUUUUUUGUCCCUAGCCUUGCAUAACUAUUUACGUCUGUCUUUUUUCUUGAAUUUCUGAAUUUCUGUCCUUAAGAUAAACUUAUAUGCUAACGCUUGCUGUACAUUGAAGAAGAGAGAACGCCAUGUCUGACUAAUUGAAACUAGUUUGAAUUUGUCUUUUGCAGGAUAGCUAAAUCCGUUAUCAGUACUCUUCAGUUUAUAUAUUUUUAUGAGGUCCCAAACAUAGAUCUAGGGAAGGCAUUGGCAUUUUUUUUCUGUACUGUUAUCACAAAAUUAGUUGAUUGCACUCUGGAGGAUUUGGGCCUACAGUUGACAUAUUUAGAGAAGGCCCACAGCUGUAAUGUUUAUCUGGUAAACGAAGACCAUCAUGCUAACGGAAAAAUAAAUGACAAGAGGCAUGAAUAUCGUCAACAGCUCUGUAAAGGGAACACAUUGAUGGCAAUCGAGGUUGCAGAGAAGCUGACAGCAGAUAAGAAAGCGAAAGUCCUGCUUCAUCUGCUUAAUCAGAACAUGUACUCACUCAUGUUUGAAAUGCACCUUUCUACCUCGUCUUUUUAACUUGUUAUGAUGCUUUGGAUGAAUUUAAGGAUAUUAAAUUUGUCAGCUCUUAAACUAGUUUCUCUUGAUUCCAAUGGUGACGAGCAAGCUCCAGUUGGCAAUUUUUUAUGGUUGAGGCUUCAAGAUAGGCAAAGAAUUGACUAGAAUUGUUUUGCUUCACAAUCUGUGUUAUUGUUUUCCUGAAACUGACGUAUCUUUUAUUUUUAAUUAACAAAAUAAAGGAAAAUUUUCAAUUGCGUGCAUAAUUUUUCGAUGCUUUCAUAUUCCUCUUAGAAGUUGAGCACACUCUGACUAAAUCUUAAAGAGAAAAUAUAUCAAAAUCCCUGAAUUAAACUGAAAAAAUGCGAAGGUUGCUCUGAAUUACUUACAUACAGAGAGCAAUCUACUACAGAUUUUGACGUUCAGAGCUUUGAAGUGAUGAUAGACUAUUGUCACAUGGUAAAACAUACGGAGAGGAAUCUACUGCAGAUAUCUCUUUAUAUGCUUUUCAGAGCGAUCUCCUCUGGUGCCCACUGUUCUUUCAGAUUCCGAUUUGUCUGAACAUCUUAAGGUGCCGCUCUUUGCAGAUUCUAGCAUAACCCAGGUUAGACUGGGUGGGCCUACCACUUAAUGCAGAUGAUUCAAGGUAUUGUAACUUAGUGAACUGGAACAUCUCAGUAGCUAAAGGAAGAGAAAUCAACCAAGACGCCAUUAGUUGCAGCGAGCAAGAGCGGAUUAGGUUCCUUUUGUUGUCCACUGUCCAUUACCUCUACCCAUGUCGUUUUCUUCUUUUUGUUAUGAAUUAUUACCUGCUGUUUACUCUGGUCAGUGCCAUGUUAUCUUUUAAACUUAUUGCAUGGAGAGAAUUACAACUUAUAGAGAAUGGCUGUAAGGCACUAGAACUGAUAGUGCACCCUAUGCUGCACACUAGGCAUCAAAUGUUGGCCAGACGAGGGUUAAUGAAGAUCUUAUAUGGUUCUCUUUUUCUGUAAAAUUCUUGUGGAAGAUAUUUAGCCUAAUUAUGUUAGAAUAUUGAAUGGUCAAUUCUAAUGUUAAAUUACGAAUGCAGUGCUAAGAUUUUUUUUCUGAAGAGAUAGAGUGGAAAAUUCAGGGGGUUUUGGGAAAGAGAACGGUCUAUCUCUCCCUUCAAUAACAUUAGGUACAUAAUUAGACCGCAAGGGGUAUAUGGGUGUAUUUGAAGUGAAAACCAUUUGGAUACCAGUUUAAUAAAACUGGGAUCAAAUCCUGGAUCAGUUGGAUGUCCUUACAGCUCGUAUUGGAUAGUAUUAGAGACAUUGGUCUGCUUUGAGCUGAGGUGUACUCUUGGGGUAGGAAAUCCUGCUGCAGCAUGGAACGACUGCUGCCUGAUGACUGCUGAUGCGAGCAGUGGGAAGAACAACAAAGGAACAAUGGAAGGGGAGAAAACUAGCCACCCUCUCCUUUGCUCUCCUUUCUUCGUUCACUAGUGUAACUUCCAACUUCUUCUUCUUCCUCAUUUUAUUGUUCUUCAGUCUUCUUUCUGUGAACAAGAAAGGUUGCAAAGACCUGUCCCAGUUGAUCCAAAUUAGUAGAACUGAUUUCUAGCUGACUUUUAUUAAAUUUCAAGUCGAAAUUGUGUCUUCCUCUUUUACGGCUAGACUGGGAAAUCCGAUUCGGAUCCAAAUACAGUGAUCUGAAUCAGUUUGUAGACCAUAAUUUGGAGAUUCCCUUUUGUCGGGUUGUUUAGCAGUGAGUCAUAUACAAUGUUUGGCCAAUGAUGUAAUCAAUACAAAAAAUGGUUGGAUCAAACCGAAGAAUGAACUAAUUUAUUUGAAAGGCGCUUUUGAGUGAAGCAUAAAAUCUAGGAUAUUACAAGGAGAAAUCUGUAUGGUUCGAGAAAAUUAGUAGAAGUUUUUGUGGACGCAGUCUUGAGUGACUUCGAGGGUGAUAUGCUGUUGAUCCAGGAGGAAAAUGGCCAGGAUCCUGUAGUGCCAAAAGGGUUGCAAAGGGUACCUUGUAAGAGGUACAUGGGGCUGUGGUGUUGAUGUUGGAAAACAGAUUGUAUUGGCAGUUCUGAGACAUAAUUACACAUAGGCCUAUGUUUUUCCAGGGUAAACAUUGUCGGCUACAUCCUAGUUUAUCAAAAUGUUGUUUAACCGAUUUCAUAACCACGUUCUAUUUUAGCCAAAUGGGUUACUCCGUAUUAUUAGGAAAGUGGUGGAUGCUUUAUCAAAAUGCAUUCUUUCUAUUAUUAGGAAAAUGGGUUACUCCGUAUUAUAUGGCUUCUAGAAGAAAACGUGCCGUUGAUUAAGAAGACCCUAGUGUAAGUUGAAGAAUAAUCAGGAUCUAAGUGACACUUUACGUUGUUUUCUAAAUGAAAAUUGGAAACAACGGGCAGAGGUCCUCUUGAGGCUUUUAUGUCCUUGCAGAGUCGUAACCUCGGCCAAUGUUUAUUAUUUCAUGUUGAAAUUGGAAUUUUUAGGACUGUCAGGCUUAUAUGGGUACUAUGUAUAGACAGGGAUGGAGGUUUGAAACACAUCAAAGAAACAUAUUUUUUGUAGUGAGGAUUUUCGGUAGUACAUCAGUUUACACAAGAAAGAUCCUUUGGCUUUACCAUUUGUAAUGAGUUUUUUUAUUGAUCCACAUCAAGAGAAGACAAUGUUUGUUUGGCUUUAAUUGGAAAGAUGAGCCAGGAUAGUUGCUCAAGUUAUAUUAUUAAAAGCAAAAUAAAAGAAAAACAGAGACGUAUGAUCCACUGGUUUACAGCCUCCAAAAAAACAGAGACGUAUGAUCUACAGCUUCCAGAAAAAGUUAAAAAACUUUGAGGUCUGUAAUGCUUUCCUUUUCUGGAUGUUUGAAUUUGUGAAUUAAAGUCUAGAGUCCUUCAAUGCAUCUCAGUCUGUGGGUUUCUUCUUUGAUUCUUUAUGUAUAUUUUCAGAGAGACUUUUGCCUGUAAUGAGUUACUAAUGUGAAUAUUCUUGUGAGAAAUAGGCCUGAAAUGUUCAGAUGCCUACUGCAGAGAUUUCAAUUCAUUGAAAUUCAGAAGUCAAAGUCACCAAACUUAUUAUGUAUCAAUGAUAUUUUGGUGAAACUUUAUGCAAACAUUUGUAAGGCUGUGGAUGGGAAGUUUUGGCUGAAUAAGCGGCAAGCAACCAUUGGUCUUGAUGAUCUUGCUUCACGUGCUGUAAAUUUCUGCCCGAGUUAUGUGGCCAGGUUACCAGCUUGCUGGAUUCCUUUUGAUAUUUUUAUGGAGAAUACAAUGGAUGGCAAGCAUCUCUACGCUACAUCUGCAAUUGACAUACUUACAGGUGAGGUGCUUUUAUAUUGGGAAAUAACAUUUCUUUUAACCUCUUGGGGGAUUGAGCUCUCGGAUGUACUGGGGUUUAUCCUCCAAGAUUGUUGUUUAUUUGAUAUUGACCGAUUUUGUUUUUAAUUUAUCUCAUAAAAUAUGAACUGCAGAGUUGACGAAGACUCUCCAAGUGGUUAAUCAGGCAAGCUGGCAGGAAACAUUUCAAGCUCUCUGGAUUUCUGCUCUGCGACUUGUUCAGCGUGUAAGAUAAUUUAUUGAGACGCGGAAAAAUGUCCGCUAUUUUGUACUGAGCUAUAAUAAAUCUUCUCAUCUUUGCAUCUGAUAUGUUGUGCUAAUUUUGUUGUGAGUUCUAAUGUAGGAACGAGAAUCAAUUGAAGGACCUGUACCACACCUUGAUGCCCGACUGUGUGUUCUCUUAUCUAUUGCACCUCUAGCAAUAGAUAGUGUUAUGAAGGACGAGGUUGGAAUGCAGUCUACCAUGAGAAGUGAUGCAACAAUAGAGAUGGAGCCUGAUUGCAAAGAUAAUUAUGGGGAAAACCAGUUUUCAAAUAUAAAGCACGGUCUAAUAUCCUCCAUUCAGCUACUGAGACAGUUUACUGGCCUUUUGUCUCCUCCUCCAUCAGUAGUCAUGGCCGCCAACAAUGCUGCCCGAAAAGCAGCAUCUUUCAUCUCGAAUUUCAAGAAUGGAACUAGCAGUGGCAACAAUAUAGAUCGCAACGAUACAUCUGCUGAAGCAGGUUGUGAUGUUUCCUAUGGCAUUCAUCCAUCCCUUAGAAAAGUACUUCGCAUGUAACAGAUUUCGUUUCCUUAGCAAGGGAAUCUUCUUCUUAUAUGCAUGUACUCAGCAUGGACUCAUCCUAUAAAAGUGUUUAUGAUGCAAGUACUUGUGCUGAAAAGCUUGUCUUUUUUAUUCAGUGACUCACGAUUUGUUACAUUUUUAUCCCAGCUUCCAUUUCGUUGAAAUUUUUGUCACUACAACUAGUUUUACUAUUUAUGUGUCUUGCCUGGACCUCAUUCUGAUCACAUCGUCGUUAUAGACCUAUUUUCCAGACGGCACUGAAAAAUAUCCACUCUAUUCCUAUGGUUCCUUGUUUUAGACUCAUAUUUCUAUUGUAAUAUCACCGUUCAGUAGAAAGAGUCAUCUUCUAUUAUGUUUGAUAUUUUCCUUACAUAAUAGAAUAAAAUGUGGUGUAUGUAUAGUUAUUUCAAGGAGAGCGAGCAGAGGUGAAUGCAAAUGAGUAAUAAAAAGAGGAAACUUUACGUGUGCCUGAAUGGUGGAAAUAAUGCAGAUAAUGAGAAAAAAUUAAGCACAAACUGUGUGAACAUCUUGGUUGUUUCCAGUGGCAGAAUAUGGAUUACUUAGUGUCACAAUAACUACAUCCACCGCACAUUCAAAAUUGUAUAGCCUUGUCAGACUCCAGAGUUCCGAUAUUUGACGAAAAAGUAGUUUGAGAGAGAUAUUUCUUGGUAUCAAUUUGAUAUGUUUCCCUCGAUGUUUGGUUUCAGUUAAAGACCAUCUUUCUUCUUCAGGGAAAUUGGACAAGACGGAAUAUGCCCAAUUUGUAGUCAGUCAAAAUGAUUGAAUUUGAAAUAUUUUUGCUUCUGAUAGAAUAUGCCCAUUUUUGCACUCUGUCUUCAACAUGGCUUUUUGAAAAUGGAAGCUGCACCUGUACCAAAAAAAUUCUUUGUGCUUCACCUGCACUCUUUUGUCUCUCAUCUCAUAGUUUUUACUGUAGAUGUGAAGCAUUCCUCUUUUAGUUUUUUCAUUAAUAUUCUUGUUUUGGUUUAGUGGUUAUUUUUAUUUUGCGACACAUGAGAGGCAUUCUCAUCUUUUAUAUCUGCUGCAGUUGGAAACAUGAUCCAUCUCAUAGUCGAAGCAUGCAUUGCUAGAAAGUUAAUCGACACGUCUGUAUACUUCUGGUCUGGCUAUGUGGUUGUACCCUCCAAAAUGCCGACGAAUUCUACCCCCAUUCAGUUAUCACCAUGGCUAAAAUUCAUGGAAGGAGCUCAACUAACUAAUUCUCUGACAAAUGCUCUCGUGGUCACUCCUGCUUCAACGUAUCAGAACUAUCUUGUACAAUGAGUCCCUCUAUUGAUGGAAAUUUUCGCGUUUUCAAUAUCCGAUUUUUUAUGCCUCUGAAUAUAAUUUAAUUGUCUUCUGCAGUGUUACUGAGGUCAAGAAAUUAUAUAAUAUUGCCUUAAAUGGAUCAGAUGAUGAACGAGCAGCUGCCACCAAAAUACUCUGUGGUGCAUCUCUUAGUCGAGGUUGGAAUAUUCAGGUGCAUUUUUAUCUGCGGUGUAUUUAUGGUGAAUUUGCAUUUGAUAUUUGUCUAUAAUUACCAUUCAGGUGACAUCUGCACCCAGUGUUUACUUACUAUCCGGAUUUCCAGUUGUAUACUGAUGGUCGGAUACCUAAACUGUCUUUGAAAGGAAAAGGCAGACUUACAGUAUGGAUGUUUUGCCGCUAUUUUGUGUGACGUGGAAGCUGAUUUAUUUCAUUAAAAAAUACGGAUAAAAAAAAGAGAUGAUAGUAUGUUUGGUGGGUUAGUUCUUGACUAAGCGAUCUAAAAAGGGUAUGUUUCAGUCAGAAGGAAGUGGGUGGACAAAAUAAUAUCACCCUAUUUGUCUGCUAACUUCAUGACUUGGCUGUUGUGAUAAGAUAUUCAGGGGCACAUGACGCCCAUCAGUGUUUAUUCUUCCAACUAUGUGUAAAAUCUGUUCAGUGCGCUAGGAUCUAUUCUUUAAAGGACCGUCUUGCGCAUAAUAGUCAGAUAUUCUAUUAUUAUUCUGUCCUAAUUUAUCAGAAAUUCACAAAUUCUGGACUUCAUAUGCAUGACCUUUUCUAAUGCAUUGACUUACACUCGAGGUGCUGCAUUUAGCAAACGAAAAGACUUCAAAAUUCUUGUGUUUCUGUUGUUUUCAAAUUAAUCGUAUUAUAUUUUCUUUAAAGUUGAGAUUCUAAAACGGAUUUUGCUGAAACUAUCAAAAUUCAUUUUUCGUCAAAAUACAGAAACUCGGUAUCUAUUUUUUUUCCAGUUUAAAGUAAUUUUCGUCAAAAUUCUUUAAAGUAUUUUUUUGUUUGCUGUGCAUGUACCUUGUACCUUUGAAUGUUCUUCUUUCUCCAACUUGUACUCCAGUAUCUAUUUAUUUUAUCAUUUUACUUGGCCCUGAGAAAAUGUUGAACCAUAUGAUAUAUAAAUGAAAAAGUGAAAAUGAGUCUUUAGAGGUUUUUACCAUCAUGAUGUGCAUUUUUGUCUUUUCUACACAUAAUGUCGCACAAAUCAAUGGAGAAUUUUGAAUAUUUGUCUGCUGAAUGUUGGUCUUGAUUGUCAGUGUUUUCUACACUGCCGCAAAAAUCAAUGGAUAAUUCAUUUUCCAGUCUAGUUCUACAUGUAUGUAUGAUCAUGCUCUGCAUAACAUUUUGCAUCUGCUCAAUGAUUGCCUGAGCUGUCUUUCAAUUGACGGUGAUGUGAAAAUUCAGUGGUAAAUGCUUCAUAGGUUCUCUGCAUAUAGUUUGACCUUCCUAACUGUGUUUCAAUUUAUGUUUUUUUUUCACACUAAAUGCCAUGUUCCAUUAUUUUUCAGGAGCACGUUAUGAAUUUCGUCAUCAAGCUGUUGUCUGCACCUCUGCCUUCUGAUAUUUCUGGACAGGGGGGCCAGUUUUCUGGUUAUAUUUCCAUGAUAAACCCCCUCCUUUUUGGUCUUUGUCGUAUUGAUAUUGUUUAUAUAAUUUCUGUAUACGGCAUGGUAAGUUCUUUUGAAUUAUUUUCUCUUCUGUUUAAGUACCCAGAAUUUUGUUUGAAUCUUAAUUUACUUAUUUCGGCAUCUAGAAUCUUGCAUAUGACUUCCUGGCAAACCUUGACCUUGUAUCAAAUUCGAAGAAAGUAAUCUUAAGUUAGAGGACUGUACACGCUCACAUACAUGAAUGAAUGAUUUUUUCUCUCUGCGUAUUCUCUUGGCAUUGUUCUCUAAUUCUUGUCUUUCCUCUUAAUUUUUAGACACUACUGGUUAACAACAAUUUUCCCCCACAGGUUCCUGAUGUGGCAGCUGCUUUGGUGCCUCUAUGUGAGGUAUUUGGCUCUAUGCCAUCUACAUCAAGUUACAGAUCAAGCUCUGGUGAAGAAAUGUCCGUCUAUUCAAUCUUUUCAUGUGCAUUCCUUUUUCUUCUCCGACUUUGGAAAUUUUACAGACCCCCUCAGGAGCACUGCGUAGCAGGUCGAUGGGGGACUGUCAGAACUGAGGUCACUUUGGAUUAUCUCUUGCUGAUGUACAAUAAUCGUCGUGCUACAAACGACUCUGAUGCUAUGGAUGUAGACAGUGAAAUUACCGAUCCAUGCAGUAGAUCACCUGUUAAACCGGUCUAUAUUGGCUCCUUUCCAAAGCUACGGGCUUGGUACUUCCAAAAUCAGGCUUGCAUUGCUGCAACUAUUUCUGGUUUCUCCGCAGGAAACCCAGUCCACCAAGUUGCUAACAAGAUUUUAAACAUGAUUUGCCGGAAGAUGACGUCAAGUGGAAACUCUUCCAGUAACCCGUCGAAUUCAACUAGCACUUUAAGUGGCUCUCCUAUAAAUUCAGGCGAAGAUGCUUACCAACGUCCCACCCUUCCUGCGUGGCAGAUUAUGGAAUCCCUUCCCUUUGUUUUGGAGGCUCUUUUAGCUGCUUGUGCGCAUGGAAGGCUUUCAUCCCGGGAGUUGACCACAGGUUCAUUAUCUCUGGAUUUAUUGCUUUGAGCCUGCUCUUGUUCAUUUUCUCGUAAAGGACUGCUCUUGUGCUUUGACAGUUCUUGGUGAAUUCAUAUUUGGGUGAUACUUACUCUUCUUUUAAAAUAUUCUUGUAGGUCUGAGGGACCUUGUCGAUUUUUUCCCAGCAUCUCUUGCCACUAUUAUUUCCUAUUUCUCAUCAGAGAUUACCCGUGGUAUCUGGAAACCUGUGGAAAUGAAUGGCAUUGAUUGGCCUAGCCCUGUUGCCAACCUCAUCUCGAUCGAAGCAGAGAUUAAGGACGUUCUUGCGUCUGCCGGUGUCCACGUCCCCACCUGCUAUGCUGGUAUUUUAUACGACCGUCUAUGCCCCCCCCCCCCUUUCUUUCUGUCUCGCUUGUAAAACUCCUUUCUUCGUCCUAUUUCAAUGUCUCUUGUUUGCUUGUUUGCUCUUUUUUAGUUUACUGUCUUGGAAAAAAAAAGUAUCCAUUUAUCGGUGGACAUGAUGAUUUGGCGGCGUCUGUCCUUUUCCUCAUGAUUUCUUAAAAUCUUUUGCAGGUGGUAACACGGCUGUGAUUCUUCCGCUGCCCAUGGCGGCACUCAUCAGUCUGACCAUAACAUUCAAGCUCGACCCGAGCUUGGAGUAUAUCAACGGCGUAGCCGGGCCCGCGCUGGAGAACUGCGCCGCGAGCUGCUCUUCCCCAUGCAUGCCCAUCGUCGGCGCUCUGUGGGCUCAGAAGGUUCGCCGCUGGCACGACUUUAUCAUCAUGUCCUGCGCGCGGUCGCCCUUCGAGCGCGACCAGGUCGCCAUCCGGCAGCUCCUCAGGAGCUGCUUCACCUCCUUCCUCGGCUGCGCGCUCGGCUCCGGCGGCAACCUGACGUGCCGCGGCGGCGUAGAUGGGCUGCUGGGCCACGCCAUCUCCCCCCAGGGCGCCUCCCACCGCGUCCCCCCCGGCCUCCUCUACCUCCGCUCCUGCCGCAAGUUCUACGACCCCUACUUCGUCUCCGGCGAGAUCCUCAAGCUGGUCGUCGACUCGACCCGGCAGCUCGCGCGCGGAUGGGCCUGCUCCGGCGGGCCGCCCCGGAACAAUUCGCUCGCGGAAGCCGCGGCCGUGGCGAAGCAGGUCGCUACCCUCGGCGCGAGCCUCCUGUGCAUUGCCGGCGGGCCGUUGCUGGUGCAGGUGCUGUACAGGGAGACGAUACCGACCUGGCUGCUGUCCGCGCCGGAAUCCGGCGCCGAUCCGGCGGGAUUCGCGUCGCACGUCCUGGAGGGGAACGUACUGGCCCAGAUGCUGUUCCUGUCGGGGUCCUUCGUCUGGGGCAUCGGCGGAAACUCCACCCUGUGGGAGCCCUCGGCGGCCCUGCGGGGGCAGACCAUCCAGAGCCACUCGGAGUUCGUGGCGGGGGAGAUGGAGGGGGACUUCUCUCUCGGCUGCCACCCGGCCACCUGGAAGGCCUACGUCUCCUGCUGGCUGCGGCUGUUGGUGCAGUUCGCUCCCUCGUGGGUGCACGCGGUGAAGCCGGACACGUUGCGGAAGCUGGCAAGUGGCCUAAGGGCUUGGCGCGAGGGCGACCUCGCCCUCUCCCUUCUCGAGCGAGGGGGACCCGGGGCCGUCUCCUCCGUUGUGGAGUCCAUCUUAUGA